AUGCCUCCCGUAAGAAACCCCGAGAACAACCCCAAAUUCAUCACUAACCGCCAUUCACAGCGCCACCAAACCCUUCCCCCCGCGCAGACGUCCUCCGCGCGCGAGGCCCAAAAAUCAUUUUACUGCACGCUCUGCUCAAAAGGCUACUCCCGGAUGAACGACUACGAAGCCCACCUCUCGAGCUACGACCACUCCCACAAGCAGCGCCUCAAGGACAUGAAGGCCAUGGUGAGGGAUCCCAACGCCGGCGCGAGGGCACGAAAAGCCGAGGCCAAGGCCGACGGCAUGGUGAGCAUAAAGUUACCAGGCCAGGAGGGUGCUUCCGCCGGUGCAGGCGCAGGAGCAGGGUUUAAGAAGGGGGGGUUUAAAAAGAGCGGGUUUAAGAGCGCGUUUGCGCCGGCUGACGGUGUUGAGAAGGCGGUGCAGCCGGUCCCGAGUGCUGCUCCUCCUGCUGCUGUGCCUGUGAAGCCGGUAGUGAAGGAUUCUCUUAUGGAGAGUGAUACCGAGGAUGAGGGAUACCAAGUUUACGAUCCGCGAUAUCCGACUGAUUGA